GAAAGUGCAUGUUGGCAAUGGUAUUGGAGAACAUAUUUGGGAAAAUUUGAAUGACGAUGACACCGAUUUUGAUGAGGAUGAGCUGCUCAAAGUGGAUGAGCUGGCUAUCAAAACCAUUCAAAAGAGCAAAGAAAAGUCAACAGAAACAACCAUUGAGGAAUCCAUAAUGCAAAUGGAAGAGGCUAAAAGGAAAUUAGAAACAAAUUCAAAGAAUGAAGAAGACGGUGCUACCAAUAAGUGUAAAAUUAUACAGGUUUACAAAGAACCAGAACCUUUAGCUGUGAUUGUGACAGCUCAUGCUGCACCUGUAAAAAGAUCUAAAAGGAAUCAUAGUUCUCCGGAACGCUGCACACCGUCAAAGAGAAGAGUGGAGAAGAAAAGAAGAAAGAUUGAAAAGGCGAAGAAGAAGGUGGAGAACACUUCGUUUCCGGUAACUGAAGACUGCAUAGGUCCAUUUUCUGAAGAUCCAAAGCAAAUGCUAGAAAAACAUGAGGUUGAUAAAGUGGCAGCUUAUUUAAAGGUUGGAUUGCUGAAAAACAGAAAGCGCGAUACAGGCUCUAUACAAUAUAAGAAACAAGAUGAAAACAUGCAUGUAAAGCCAUUCCUGUUGGACUGUAUGAUUGUCCAUUCAAAGACAUGGUUGUAUGAGCUGUUUACCAAUCCCGAAUGGUUGCGCGACACGUGAACAAUGGAAAUCACUGGGUCUUAGUGGUUCUUGAUUUACCUGCCAGGAUGAUGAAAGUGUAUAACUCCAAAUACAGAAGAGGUGAGUCACUACGAGAUAUUGGUGAAUUUAUGCCAAGCUUGAAAAGCCUACUGCCAAAAAUCAUGGACAAGUAUGGUGUGUAUGAAGCAUUUGACGGUGGAAAUAUGGGUGAAAAAGAAUUUCAUAUCGAAGCUGUAGAAAACUGCCCCCAACAGAAUGACUGUGGCAACUGUGGAAUGUUCAUGCUAAAGUUUGCUGAAUUCUUGAUGAUGGGGAGGGACAUCACUGAAAUCAAAGCUGAAAACAUGCCAAGCUACAGGAAUAAAAUGGCAACUGAGUUGAUGAUGUACAAUAAAAGGAGGAUGAAAGAUUUAGUGAAAUAAGCAAGAAGCUAUACUUGCUUAUAUAUAGUACUGAAUAAUUGACUUUGUAAUCACAUUUCUAACAUUUUGUUUUUUGUUUAGCAAAUAAGACUAUAGAAACUUAUGUGUUUUACUUAAAUUAUAUUUGGUUAACAUCUUGAAAUUUGU